AUGGAGACAUUAUCUUUAUCUUUUAUCUUCAAUGACUGAUGAUCGAUCAGCAUUUGCUUUGCUCCACUUAUUCUCUUCACAUCACUCACUUCAAUCAGAGAUCUUUAGCAGUAAUGGCUGGAGCAGAACAAAGCCAAAGAUGGAGCCUUCGAGGCAAGACCGCACUUGUAACCGGUGGAACCAAAGGCAUAGGGCAUGCUGUAGUGGAGGAGCUUGCAGGAUUUGGAGCAGUAAUACAUAUUUGUGCCAGAGACGAAACUCAGCUUAAUGAGUGUUUAAGCCAAUGGCAAAAGAAGGGGUUUCAAGUCACUGGUUCAGUCUGUGACGCAUCUUCUAGAACAGAGAGAGAGAAGCUAAUGCAGAAUGUUUCCUCAGUGUUUGGUGGAAAGCUCGAUAUUCUCAUAAACAAUGUGGGAGCGAUUCGGUCAAAGCCAACAGUGGAUUUUACAGCAGAAGAUUUCUCGUUUCAUAUUUCGACCAACUUGGAAUCUGCUUUCCAUCUGAGCCAGCUUGCACAUCCUCUGCUUAAGGCUUCAGGAUGUGGUAACAUCGUUUUCAUGUCUUCUGUUGCUGGAGUUGUAUCGCUUAACGUCAGCUCUAUCUACUCUGCAACAAAAGGUGCGAUGAAUCAGCUAGCAAGGAACUUGGCAUGCGAGUGGGCAAGUGACGGCAUUAGAGCUAAUGCUGUGGCUCCUGCAGUCAUUGCAACUCCUCUGGCUAAUGCUGUGUUUGAUGAUGAGUUCAAGAAGGUGGUGAUAUCUAGAAAGCCGUUGGGGCGUUUCGGGGAGCCUGAGGAAGUGGCCUCGCUUGUGGCUUUUCUAUGUAUGCCUGCAGCUUCUUAUAUAACUGGCCAGACCAUUUGUGUCGAUGGAGGUCUCUCUGUCAAUGGCUUCUCUUAUCAACCACAAGGUUAAAUUCCAAUGUUCAAAACAUACAAAAAUUUCAACUUUAUUUCAAAUUCCAAUGCUCCUCUGCUUUAGCCUCUGUCUUUCAACUUUAUUUCAAAUUCAAAAAUUCCAAUGUUCAAGGCCUUUAUUUAUGUACAAGUUUAGACUUUGUACGUACACUACGAUUGCUUGGAGCCUCUGUCUUUUCGUUAGCGUA